AUGGCUCCGAAGCCAAUUGCCAGUCCCGUGGCGGUCACGUGGUAUCCGACUCUCGCCGUCGUGAUGCUCGCCAUCGGCCUCAUCUUCACCGCUUCCUUCUUCAUCUAUGAAGCGACCAUAUCUAGGAAAAGCCGCAGUCUUGCUAAGGAGCUUAUAACAGGAACAGUGGCCUCUGUCUUCUUGGGUUUUGGAUCCUUGUUCUUACUGCUCGCAUCGGGUGUUUAUGUCUAA